ACUGCAGUGAACGCAGCAGCUGCUCAGAGCUGCAGUUGCUGUCUGGUUGGUCUGGUUCAGCUGGGAGCAGGACAACAGGAACAAUAAUGGAGCUAGAGUUAGAAAUAUUAAAGUUUAUCUGCGCUAAUCAGGGAUCAGUGAACACAGAGGAGCUGCUGUGUAACCUCGGCUCAGGCGACGCUACGGCUGACAUCAUCAGUAACCGAGAGAAAUUCGCCUUCGUUUGUCCGUUCGGUCAGCCGAAGGUGGUGGCGCGGACCUGCCUGAGGCUGUGCCUCUCGAAGGACUGUCCGGGCACGUGCACUGGGCUGCACCUGUGUAAAAAGUUCCUCCUUACCGGAUCCUGUCAGUUCACCCGCACGAGGACUGGAUGCAGAUUCUCCCAUUGCCUGGACUCUUUCCACAAUGCAGCGAAGCUGACUGAGCAUGGUCUGGAGAGCCUGAGCCGGAGUGAGCUGUGCACCCUGCUGCUGCAGAGCGAUACCAGGCUCCUGCCUCAGGUACGUCCAGAGGUGGAGUGGCCAUCUGGAGUUCUGGCCAAUCACAGAACAGCCGGCUGUCAGCGGGCCGCAAACGGCACGCUGACGGCUGGCACGGCCCCAUUUUGUUUUUUAAACGUCAUCAUUUGAGUUGCACUGACAGGCGACAGAGGUCCAGAGCUGAUUUUCAGUCCCAGUCCACCCCUGGGUAUGUCUGACUUCAUUCAGAAGAUUCAGACGUUUCUCAGAUCAGAUUGUUUUUGAUUCAGAAUGUUUGUCCUGCCAGGUGUGGAAAAAAGGUUAUUUGUAACACUGAUCAACAGGUCCCAAGAUGUAGUGCCAACAUUGAAAUUGUCCCUAACUUUAGUCUGUCUGCACCCUCGCAAAGGUUAAUGAGUCGAUUCAUCCAUUUAAAAAUAAUAAUAAUAAGUCAGUAUACACUGCUUUAUGUUUAGUAUCAAGCAGAGGGAGUGUUCGCUAAAAUAAUUCACAUUAUAACCUAUAUUUGUGUCAGUCACAACACAAGCCCCUCGAGCAAUAAGUCCACAGUCCCAGGAAGUGACAAAGUCCAGAUUAAGGCUGUUAUGACACCCCCCCCACCCGGACCUCCCAAGCCCAUCUUCCACCGCUGCAUUAGGAAAUGCAAUAACCAGGGACAAUCAGCAUCGUGGAGGAAUCCACGUCAACUGCCCACUGAGCUGAAAAAAGAAAAUAACAAAUUGUAAAUUCUUCGUUAUG